AUGGUUUCAGCGUGGUUUCUAACAAAGGUCUUUGUGGCUUUUGCGCCGCUGACGACGACCGUAUACGCACAGUACAACGUCACCACACCUCAAUUGCCUUUAUUGCUGGAUGCUACCGCAGAUGAUUUGGCUGCUGGACUUGAGGCUGGAGACUUUACGAGCUUGGACUUGGUCCAGGCUUAUGUGGGACGCAUCAUCGAGGUUAACAAAACUCUACAUGCAGUAUUGGAGAUCAAUCCAGAUGCCUGGACGAUCGCGAAAGAGUUGGACGAGGAGCGAGCUUGUGGAAAGCUUCGUGGCCCUCUCCAUGGACUCCCGAUUCUUAUCAAGGACAACAUCGCUACCGCUGACGAAAUGAACAAUACUGCUGGAUCUUGGUCACUGAUGGGUGCCAAAGUCCCACGUGAUGCGACGGUCGCUGCGAAACUGAGAGAAGCUGGUGCUAUCAUCCUCGGCAAGGCGAAUCUGUCGCAAUGGGCUAACUAUCGUUCAUCGAACUCUUCGAACGGAUGGACUGCUCGAGGUGGUCAAACGUAUGGCGCGUAUUACCCUGGUCAAGACCCAAGUGGCAGCAGUAGCGGUAGCGGUGUCGCUGCCAGUCUCGGUCUUGCCUUUGGAACACUCGGCUCAGAGACGGAUGGAUCCAUUAUCUCUCCCAGCCAGCUUAACAAUGUUGUCGGCAUCAAGCCCACUGUCGGACUUACAAGCAGAGCACUUGUCAUCCCGAUCUCUGAGCACCAAGACACCGUUGGGCCAAUGGCCCGCACAGUCAAAGAUGCAGCGUACAUUCUCCAAGCCAUCUCUGGACCUGACAGUUACGAUAACUACACGUCUGCGAUUCCCUGGGCGAGCAACGCAACUAAUGCCACCAAGCCCGACUACGUUGCUGCAUGCACUCUGGAUGCGUUGGAAGGAAAGCGAAUCGGGAUACCGCGCAACGCUAUCGGCACGCCGAGUUCCCAAUCCGCGCCCAUCUAUGCUGCCUUCACAGCUGCUCUCGACGUCCUCCGCUCCGCCGGCGCAGUCAUCGUCGACAACACCAACUACACCGCCUGGGAACAGUACCUCGAGUCCAACGCAGAAGGCAUCGUUCUCGACGGCGACUUCGUCCCCAAUCUAGCGCACUACCUCGAGCAACUCACAUACAACCCCAACGACGUCCACAGCCUAGAAGACGUCCGUAACUUCACCCAAAACUUCCCCCAGGAGGACUACCCCGACAGAGACACAGCAGACUUUGACAGCUCCAUCGCGCAAUCCCAAAACUUCUCAAACACCGACAUAGAAUUCUGGGAAGCCUACCAAGAAGACCUGUACCUCGGCGGUGAAGGCGGUCUCCUCGGCGCACUGUCUACAUAUAACCUUGACGCCGUCGUUGUUCCUUCGCGCUCUGCGUCCGGUAUCUCCGCUAUCAUUGGCGGACCUAUUGUUACUGUUCCGCUCGGUGCGCUGCCGUCUAACACAACGGUUGUCACGAACUCACGCGGUGAUUUGAAUGCUACGGCACCGAAUAUUCCCUUUGGAAUCUCUUUUGCGGGUGCGCUGUGGAGUGAAGAGAGUCUGAUUGGCUUUGCGUAUGCGUUUGAGCAGAGGACUAUGGUUAGGACGAAGGUUAUGCCGUAUAUUCAGCCUAGUAUUGAGAUUGAGAAUGUGGGCACCGGACAAGUCGGCUCCCACAUCCUCGCCCAACUCCUCGCCACGGGCAAACACCAAGUCACCGCCCUAACCCGACAUACCAGCACCGCCACGGUCCCCACCAACCCCAACCUCACCGUCGUGAAGGUCGACUACGACGACGACGCAGCCCUCACCUCCGCCCUCUCCAACCACGACUUCCUCAUCAUAACCCUCUCCGCCCGCGCCCCACCGACUCUCCACCCCCGCAUCGUGUCCUGCGCCGCCGCCGCGAAAAUCAAAUGGAUCAUGCCUAACUACUUCGGCUACGGCAUCGGCGACCGCGCACUCAGCGGCAAGGCUGACUUACCCGCCAACUUCGAGCGCUACAUCCAAGAUGUGAAGAACACGCCAGGACCUGAUUACACAGCGCUCGUAUGCGGCUUCUGGUACGAAUUCAGUCUCGCAAUGGGAGAACCGUGGUUUGGCUUCCGGAUCCGCGAUAGGAGCGUGACGAUGUACGGGGAUGGGAUGAAGAAGGUUAAUUUUACACCGGGUGCUCGGGACGCGUGA